AGGCUCUCGGAGCGCCGUGGCCCGCAGGCACCCGGCACGCGCCCGCCCCACCGCCACGAUGCCCAAGAGGAAGGUCAGCUCCGCCGAGGGGGCGGCGAAGGAGGAGCCCAAGAGGAGAUCGGCGAGGUUGUCAGCUAAACCGGCUCCUGCAAAAGUGGAAACAAAGCCAAAAAAGGCGGCAGGAAAGGAUAAAUCUUCCGACAAAAAAGUGCAAACAAAAGGGAAAAGGGGAGCAAAGGGAAAACAGGCUGAAGUGGCUAACCAAGAGACUAAAGAAGACUUACCUGCAGAAAAUGGAGAAACUAAAAAUGAGGAGAGCACAGCUUCUGAUGAAGCAGGAGAGAAAGAAGCCAAGUCUGAUUAAUAUCACACACCUGGUCCUAUCAGUGGUCCCUGUCUCCCUUCUUGUACAAUCCAGAGGAAUAUUUUUAUCAACUAUUUUGUAAAUGCAAGUUUUUU